CUCUCCUUCUCGGGCUCCUAAUGCCCUCUGGAGCCAAGCCCAUCAUUCUGGUGAUGGGGUGCUGCAGCGCGGGCAUCUUGGUAACCGGGUGGCUGGCGGAUAGCGUAUUGAGCAAAGAUGAUGGGACACCGGCCAUGCGCGCCGUAUCGGACCCGAUCAAGUACACGGCCAUUGCAAAGAUCGCCGUCUUUUUGCUGGUAUUCAUCGUGAUGAGCUACGUGCUAAGACCGACGGGAUCUUCAGAGGUGCAGAACGCCGGUGUGCGUCGGGUCGGAAACACGACGCUGGGCCUGAUCAGCGGGGCCUGUUUUCUCGUCGGAGCCUUGUGUUCCGCAGCGGCCGGGUACAUCUCCAUGUGGGUUAGCGCACACGCUAACAUCCGUGUAGCUAGCGCCGCCCGACGAGGGUACGGCGAGGCCUUGGUGAUUUGCUUCCGCGGCGGUGCCUUCAGUGCCGUCCUGGACAUCACGCUGUGCGUCGCGGGGGUGACGCUGCUGUACGUGGCCCUCUACACGUGGUACGUGGCGAGGGGGGUGCUGGACGACACCGACGUUCCCGUUCUUAUGGUUGGCUACGGCUUCGGAGCGUCGUUUGUGGCGCUGUUCAUGCAGCUCGGUGGCGGCAUAUACACCAAGGCUGCGGAUGUCGGCGCAGACCUCGUCGGCAAGGUGGAGACCGGCAUCCCGGAGGACGACCCCCGAAAUCCCGCCGUGGUGGCGGACUUGGUGGGCGACAUGGUCGGGGACUGCGUGGGGAGCAGCGCAGACGUGUUCGAGAGCGUCGCGGCGGAGAUGAUAGGAGCCAUGAUCCUAGGGUCUACUCUUGCCAAAGAGGUGCGCCUGCAACACGAAGGAUGCUAUCUACGGACGGUACCCUUUCCGAUUGUAGGCCGCAGUGGUUACAUCUUUUGUACCGCUUGCUUCCGUGGAGUUAGCUUCGCGCUGGCGCUCACUGGCUUCGCAAUCAUAUCGCGCUGGCUUCUGUACGUGGAGGACUCUCCGUCAGCGUGGCUACACUUCUUCGGGUGUGGGAUAGUGGGCAUGGUCACGGCCUACGUCUUCAUUCUCUCCACGCAGUACUACACCGACUACGUGUACGCGCCCGUGAGAAGCAUCGCGGAAGCAAGUACCACGGGACACGGGACAAACAUCAUCACGGGUGUGGCCGUAGGUAUGAAGAGCACGGUCAUCCCCUGCAUCACCGUGAGCGUGGCGGUUAUCGCGGCGUACCACCUAGGCCGGACCUCGGGCGUGGGGGAGGGGCACAGCGCUGGGAUUUUCGGGACGGCGGUUGCGACCAUGGGCAUGCUCAGCAGCGCCGUGUACGUGCUCUCGAUGAACAACUUCGGUCCUAUCGCGGACAACGCCGGCGGGAUAGCGGAGAUGAGCCAGCAGCCGGAGUUCGUUAGAGAAACAACCGACCGCCUCGAUGCCGCCGGUAACGUGACAAAGGCCAUCACUAAGGUCAGGACCGGUUAGCGAGGACUUGGCUCAUUCUGGAAGGAUGCCGGUCGCUAGACAUGGUACUGUAAGAUUGCGCGGAGGAUGAUGGAAGUGAAACUCUGGCAGAAGCAUGUCGCAGUGAUGAGAAGCAUUCCGCCAACUUUGUUGCUACAUGCCCUGCAAGUUUCAGGAGACGCUCCGUGUGUACAGCGAGCUAUUUUCUUGUUCCAAUACUGCUGCGGGCUCCGUGGUUUUUGCUUUCGACACCUGAACGGUUUCAUCGCGAGCACGCGCACCCACGAGACCAUUUUGUAUUUUUCCGUUUGCUUCGCGACC